AUGACCUUCUGUGGCCCUUCUCGCGAGUUCACGGUCAAGGCCCUUUUGACCUGGCUUUUGAAUGGUCGGCAUUCGGUUCAGGAAGCUCUUGACCGCUCUUGUUUUUUACAUGACCUUCUCCAGGUACUCGAACAGGUUCAGGACGGGAAGCGUCUUCAUUCAUUGGGUUCGCGGCCUUCCGAUGUCUCAGAAGAGAAAGAAGAAGGGGGAGGGGUUGCCGCAGGAGUCAAGAAUGGACUGCUCUUGUCGCGGAGUCGAAGCCUCUCCCACGUUCCUCAAAAAUGA